AAUCGCUGUUCCCAAAUUGAAAGAAGGCACCUUCGCGUCUCUCCCUUCACUGCCGCGUAAUCAUGAUGCGGGGACCGAUUCCUCGAUAUGAGAUUCUGGACCACUCGAAGGCGAUCAAGGACUGUGGUAUUCUGAAUUGGGAGAUUCUGUAUUUCCAGUUCCGGGAUGAAGCGACUGGCGACCUGCAACCUGUGGCGUUCAUCCAGCCGCCGACUUUUGAGGAAGAAGAUAUGCCACCACCGCCAUCUGUAUCUGCAAAUAAGGGGAAGCGGAAAGCAGCAGACUAGCGACUGCACCGAGAGAUCUUGUGGGAUUAGGUGUGGCCUUUCAGAACCUUUCUUUUCACUGUGCUCGACUUCGUGGUCUGCCCUGCUGUUUGUGUAUCCAUUCUGCAUAACAUCGUUGAUCAUCACUCGAAUUUGUACAACUAAAAACUUUACCAAGUACAAAGCAUGUGUACAUUGUAAUUAUCAUACACUUAGAUUUGACUACCACCAAUCUACUUCGCAUUUGAUAGAUAAAAUUCGGUCGUCCGUUGUGUGAGGAUGGGUUGGCAGAUUCUCCUACCAGCGCCAGACUCAGGCUCAGACUAAUGUCAGACUUUCAAGGAGAC